AUGUCGCUGCGCAAGGAGGAUAUUAGUAUCACCUCCUCGUUAACUGCCCUAGGCCUUAAUUCCUUGGUGAGUGUCGAGAUCCGCAGAUGGUGGCGGCAGAAUCUUGGGCUGGAAAUCAGCGUGUUGCAAAUCACCUCGUUGGAUUCCGUCCAACAGCUAGGUGUGCUCGCUAUCGAUUCACUUCGGGAGAAGCAUCUAGGAGGUGAGGGGCAGGUUCCUGCCGCUAAGAAGUACAUGACGCCUAGGUGGUUAAGUCCCUUCGAAACGGAUGAGCGGCCAGCUCCGGUGGCGUUUCAACGUUCUCCACGCCAUAGCUGGGAUGACAAGGGACAGUACUUGAAGGUGAUGGCCGGUCUAGAACCUAGUUCGAAGCUGCUAUAG